AAAAAGAAACGUCAGGAAAACCCAGAUGCUACUCAAGGGCGAAAACGCGCUAACGCAGUGGUCAGGGUUCAGACCCGACGCAGCCGUAAACGGGCCAAAAAAGGCACGCGUGAGGACGAGGAGGAUGAGGAGGACGAAGAAGAAGAGGAAGAAGCAUGCAUCCCAGAGCGAACCACUUUCAUUGAGCACAGUAUCAGCGGUCCAGCGGCGGGCCUUGAGUCAGAGGAAGAGGACGCCGUCGCUGCAGUUGAUCAGUUUGCUCGUGAUCGUCACUCACGACCUCUUGAUCUAGUUCUUCCACAGCACAAUGCAUAUUGA